AUGGAUCCUCAGGAGCAAUCCCAAGUAACAAGACGCCUUCUCUCUGUGAAAAACAUUAUCCUUGUGCUCUCUGGCAAAGGUGGCGUUGGUAAAUCAUCCGUUACAACACAGCUCGCACUAAGCCUCUACGAUUCAUCUCCAACCACAAGAGUGGGCAUCCUAGAUGUCGAUCUGACAGGGCCCUCCAUACCUCGCAUGCUGGGAGUCAAUGACCAUGGAGUACACCAGAGCACCUCAGGAUGGGUCCCUGUCUACGCUGAUGGUGCUACCACCAGACUUGCAUCUAUGAGCGUUGGCUUUCUUCUAAAAAACAAAGGCGACUCUGUUGUGUGGAGAGGGCCCAAAAAGAAUGGCAUGAUCAGGCAAUUCCUCAGCGAUGUCCGCUGGGGAGACCUCGAUUAUCUCAUUAUCGACACACCCCCAGGUACUUCUGAUGAACAUUUGUCCCUCAUGGAACAUCUAGCUGGACUACAUUCACGGUUAUCUGCAGUAGUCGUGACAACACCGCAAGCAGUUGCCCUCAUGGACGCAAUCAAAUGUGUUUCCUUUACCCGUGCAGUCAAUCUCCCUGUGCUUGGCCUUAUUGAAAACAUGAGCGGAUACGUAUGCCCUUGCUGUGGCGAAAUUAGCAACGUCUUUUCGGUUGGAGGGGGGGAAGAAAUGGCUCGUAAAGAGAAUCUUCGAUUCCUUGGAAGCCUGCCCGUCGAUACAGAGCUUGUUGGUCUGUUAGAUGCUGAGAGUGACGUCCCCGACGUAUUGAGUGACAAUCAGGAGUCAUUCCCCCUCUUGAGACGGUACAAUGCGACCCCAUCCGCAAAGAUAUUCAAGGGGAUCGUAAAAAACAUAUUGGACGCACUCGCAAACGUGACUGCGGGACCGUGA